CCUGUCACUGCCUGUCCUUGUCCAGGGUUGGGGGGGACCCAUCAGCCCCUCCUUAGCUGCUCAGCAGAGCAAGCAGUUAGUGGGGAGGGGAGGGAACAUGGAUUUGGGACCGGUGGGGGGGACAGGGUCACGGGCCGCUGGGGCCCGAAUCCAGGCACUGCUGGGCUGCUUGUUGAAGGUGCUACUCUGGCUGGCCUCUGCCUUGCUUUACUUUGGAAGUGAACAGGCCGCCCGCCUCCUGGGCAGCCCCUGCUUACAGCGCCUCUACCAUGCCUGGCUAGCAGCAGUGGUUAUCUUCGGGCCCCUUCUACAGUUCCAUGUCAACCCUCGGACUAUCUUCGCCAGCCACGGCAAUUUCUUCAACAUAAAGUUUGUGAAUUCAGCGUGGGGCUGGACAUGCACCUUCCUUGGGGGCUUUGUGUUGCUCGUGGUGUUCCUGGCCACACGGCGAGUGGUGGUGACUGCCCGGCACCUGAGCCGGCUGGUAGUGGGGGCAGCCGUGUGGCGGGGGGCUGGUAGGGCCUUCCUGCUCAUCGAGGACCUGACGGGCUCCUGCUUUGAACCUGUGCCCCAGGGUCUGCUUCUCCAUGAGCUGCCUGACCGCCACAGCUGCCUGGCUGCCGGCCACCAGUGGCGGGGCUACACUGUCUCCUCCCACACCUUCCUACUCACCUUCUGCUGCCUGCUCAUGGCCGAGGAAGCGGCAGUGUUUGCCAAGUACCUGGCCCAUGGGCUGCCUGCCGGCACCCCGCUGCGCCUUGUCUUCCUGCUCAACGUGCUGCUGCUGGGCCUCUGGAACUUCUUGCUGCUCUGUACCGUCAUCUACUUUCACCAGUAUACUCACAAGGUGGUGGGUGCCGCAGUAGGCACCUUCGCCUGGUACCUCACUUAUGGCAGCUGGUAUCAUCAGCCCUGGUCCCCAGGGAGCCCAGGCCAUGGGCUCUUUCCUCGCCCCCACUCCAGCCGCAAGCAUAACUGAAGAAAUAAAGGCACAUCAGGCCUGG